CGAGCAGGAUGUUUCGAAAGAGAAAAAUAACGUAAUUGGAAAUAAGGGGUCGUCGAUACUUAGCAAGAUAGUUUGAGAAAGAAACGCGGCGAUCUGAAAAAUCAUCCGAGUCGUUCCAUCAGAUUUCGCGAGUUUUACAAAAGCGUUUCUGUAAACGACUCGAAAAAUUCCAUAAAGCCAUACGAUUGCGGAUGUUUAACGAUGUUUAGCGACCUAAGAGGUCAUGUUAUAUAGCGUAGAUACACUGUUUAAGGAUAUCGUAAUUAUGCAACUAAAGUUAAUAACCGGAUAAAAGAGUCGCGUUAAAUUGGAUUGACGUCGAUCGAUGGCCAAGUGCUUCGGUACAAAAACCGCGACUCAGCUGGAAAUCGUCUUACUUGGUGCUGAACAGCACCCGGAAUAACCAAGAGGCGCGUUGUAUCGGUUUUACACAGCCAUGUACGACAAGUUUGUGCAAUUGUAAAGGAAACGAAGAGGGAAAAGUCGAACGACCGAUCAGCUCCUUUCGUCGAACCGUGCUAAAAUUCGAUCGGUGUAAAAUUAACCAAAUAUGUCGAAAGUGUGUGAAAUUUUCCUCACUUUCUAUUCCGUUCUUUUCUUUCCGCUUAUCGGUCUGCUGCUAGUAUGUUCCUAUCUAUACCGUCGCGUGGUAGACGUCGUUUUAAGACUUCAAUUGAAGGAACAAUUUGCGGGUCUCUUGGACGGAUCUGACAGUGUUUGGGCCAUAGAGGAACCUGCGGCCCUUUCCGUGAACAACAUUCUACUGAUCAUAGAGAAGGAUGCUCGUCAUUCGAACAUAAAUUUCCUCGAAAGCUUUCGACAGAUGGCUAAGAAUCGCAUACUGAAUUCACCGUUCGAGAAAUUAUUCUUGCGAAGGAAAAAAAAAUAUGGUUAUUAUUAUUGGGAAAGAUGCGACGUGAUCGAUCUGAAAGAACGAGUCAGAUGGUUGGAAUACGAACGUACGAACUGCGAUGGAUCCUGCGACAAUAUUUACAAUGGUCACCUGAAGAGAGUAUUGUGGAACGUUUGUAAUCAACCUUUACCAGAGAAUCAUACGGCUUCUUGGGAGAUUCUGAUCGGUAAAUGUUGUCCAAGGGCCAGUUAUCAUUACCUUAGACGCAUGGAAGAACGUGUGACGAGCAAGAUCAGAAUUCCUGUCUUGUUCCGGGUUCAUCAUUCUCUGGCCGAUGGCAUGGCGUUGCUAAAGUUUUUCCGGGAAGCUAUCAUCGACAAGGAACCGAUUCAAGAAACUUAUUUGCAAUUAGAGAACACCGGUUUUAAGACGAAAAACGAUGAUACGAAAAAGCUGAACAUACAUGCAACAGCGAGCCCUUUAAAGCCUUGUCUGAACGGAGAGAAAAGUUUGCAGUGCCCAUUUCAGAAAGAUAUCGUGUCCGCGUCUAUGCCGUUUAUUCACUUUGCAGUAGCUUGGCAGUUCGUCAAAUCGGCGAGAGAGCGAAUGAACGUUGUCUUAAAACGUGUUAAAAAUAUUGCGAUAGAAGAUUUGAAAGGAGAAACGAAAGCAUUUAUGAGGAAACACGUUGAUAAGUUAAAAGAUUUUUUUCUCAAGGUUGUUCGCAACAAAGCGAGGAGAUGUUUGCGAAUGAUCAAAAUCGUUAUCGAUGCUCCUGCUUGUUUGCUCCAACAAGCUUUUCGCAGUAUGGACAAAAGCGCACUCCAUGGGGCACAACUGUCGGGUGAAAAGUUGGUCUCGUAUUGGUUGGAAGACGAUUUCAAGAACGUCAACGACCAGAAAUUGUUCACCAAGAUUCAGAACAUCAAAAUCAUCACUGGCGCUAGAUUCGGGGACGUGAUACUAGCAGCUUUGUCAGUUAGCUUACACAAAUACUUUCUUCGCGUGAACGAACCAGUCCCGAGUAAACUAAGCGUUGUUCUGCCGACCAAAAUCGAAGAAUGGAGCGAAAAUCUUCCGUUGCAAAACAAUUUUUCGGUCGGAGUACUGUCGCUUUGCGUUUCGCGAAUAAAUGACAAACAACUGGCGAAUCCAGCCGAGAAUUCUCAGAUUUUGGAUCGCUUGGAGGAUAUUAAAAGCGCGAACGACGCGCUGAGAAAUAGCUUGGAUUAUACGGUUAACUUUUUCGUGAUGAAAUAUCUUUCUGCUUUAUUGCCAGAGAAACUUCUGCGGCCGAUUCUUAAUAGUCACAGCACUAUGGUGUUCAGCAAUUUAGUUGGUCCUCGGGAUGUCAAACUUUUGGGACAUUCUUUAAAGAAUAUCGUCUUCUGGAUUCCAAACAGGAGCUUCACAGGAAUUGGAUUCUCCUUAUUAACUUAUCGAGGCUAUCUACAUUUGUCUCUGAUCGCUGAUAAGGCGCUAAUACAAAAUGAAAAAGCGCUCACGAGGAUCUUGGAAAACACCGUGAGCGAAAUCGACAAUCUGUAUGACAGAUUAACGUUGUCGUUCUUUUCGAAGAAACUCCAUAGAAGCAUGUCAACACCCAUGAAGAAAGGAAUUUUUAUAUUUCCAGCAGUCGGCGUGUUGUAAAAUAGCGGGGAAAUUGUACGUGGAAUCAUUUUGUACCGAACUAUCGUUUUUUCUUUUCUCCUUUUGCCUAAUAAAUUUUU